CUGCUUGUGUUUCUUCCUCUGUACAGACAGGUUUGACUGAGAAGGGAAAGGGGCUGGGGUUUUGCCACUGAUGGCAGUAUUUAUUCUCUCGGUUAUAAGAACCUCCUAACCCACAUAUUAGAAACUGUGUAAACCUUGAUUGAUUGUCUGUGAUUAUCUGUUGUGCAGAGAAGUGGACGAAUGACAAUUACACGUAAGAAGACGAGUGUGUGUGUGAACAUGUGAACUUGGCUCUGAAGAGGGUUUACUUACACAGAUUCAGCUUCUGUUCACAGAAACCAUAGGAUUACAUAGAAAGCAACAGAAAAGGACACAAUGAGCCCCCAUCCUGUUGUCCAGGCUAUUAUUGACCUGUCUGCAGGGGCUAUAGGCGGAACGGCCUGUGUGCUCAGCGGACAGCCCUUUGACACUGCCAAAGUGAAGAUGCAAACAUUCCCAACCAUGUACAAAGGCUUUGUGAAUUGUUUUAUAACCACAUACAAGCAGGUUGGUUUCCGAGGACUCUACCACGGUACUACCCCGGCUCUCAUGGCGAACAUUGCAGAGAAUUCUGUUCUCUUCAUGUGUUACGGCUUUUGUCAGCAGGUAGUUAGGAACCUGGCAGGAAUAGACAACGAGACACAACUCAGCGAUGUGGGAAACGCUGUAGCCGGCUCGUUUGCCUCAGUAUUCUCCUCUCUGGUCCUGUGCCCAACGGAGCUGGUGAAAUGUCGACUCCAGGCCAUGCAUGAAAUGGAGGUGUCGGGCAAGAUAGCAAAAGGGCAAAACACUGUGUGGUCAGUGGUUAAAGGAGUCCUGCGCUCAGGCGGUCCUCUGGGGAUGUACCAGGGUCUCACCAGUACUCUGGUCAGGGAAGUGCCCGGAUACUUUUUCUUUUUUGGGGGCUAUGAAUUCAGCCGCAGUGUAUUCGCUUCAGGAGGCAAGUCCAAGGAUGAUUUGGGUGUCCUUCCUGUGGUAUUCAGUGGUGGGUUUGGAGGGGCUUGUCUCUGGCUCUCUGUGUAUCCCAUCGACUGUGUCAAAUCCAGAAUCCAGGUCCUCUCCAUGGCAGGGAAGCAGGCUGGCUUUCUCAAAACCUUUACCAGUAUUGUUAAAUACGAAGGAAUACCAGCCCUGUACUCCGGCCUGACUCCAACAAUGAUCCGCACCUUUCCAGCCAAUGGUGCACUGUUCCUGACCUAUGAGCUCAGCAGGAAGAUGAUGAUGAAGCAGUUUGACAGUUGAGCUAUGUGCUAUCUACCCUUGCCUUGAAGACUUUUUUAUAUGGGGUUCAUGCAAGCCAUCUACUAGGUAGUGAUACACAUCCAUCACACACGUUUUUAUCAUUUAAUUUUACAUUAAAGGCCACCUCUUUAACUUUAACUAGUCCAGAAAUGCUUGCUUUGAUUCAGAAAUAGAGCUAGUCUAGGCUAUGGACCUUGAUGUUUCUACCCCUGUGUCGAAACGUAAUCUAAAUCAACAUUUAUUGCAUGCCACUCUGAGGAAUAAUAUUGAAAUUAAAAAGGGUGCCAGUACUUCUGUAUAACUCAGCAUCUCUUCUUUAAAAGCCUUUAAUACUUGAAACGAUACUUUUAUAUAAAUACAAUUUCUGUAAAAUUCAGAAACCACUUUUAAAAAGUGUUUUUUUGUAAAUUACUUUUAAAGAUGUAUUUUCUGGUUUAGUUGCUAGUACUAGUUUAACAUGCAUCUACAGUAUGACUAACAAUUGCAGUAAUGCGUAACCUGCAGUGUUGUAACAUCAAUCAUAUUGCAGUAUUAAUAGUAAUGUUUCUCAGCAGUGAGUAAUGAAAGAGAGGAAAUAUUUUAGUAGAUUUUUUAAGUUAAUGCUGAAGACUUUUUGGCCCUUGUUUAAGAAGAAAGAAACUUUUAAAUAAUGUUUGACUCAAUUUAUCUCUUCCCACCAAAACUGUUUCUUAUUAAAGGCUAAACACCAUGUCCAAAAACGGAAAUAUGAUUUCAAACUCGAUUAUCUUUCAAAGCUAAAACUGAGGUAGGAAAAACAAAAUAGCAUGGAAUAUAACACUAGACUCUCUCCAAGAAACUACCUGGAAACUAUUUAUACUGUAUACAGUAGUAACUUGGUUGGAAAGGUUGUAAAAAGAUAAUCCAGAGGCAAUCUACCUGUCUGUCUGGAAGAACGUGUGAGUGGGGAUAUUGAUUUACAAUCUAGCUAUAUGCUGGAGAGAAAGUGAGGAACAAGAUAGAGCGGAAAAUACUGUUACAUUUCUCCAAUGUUGGUAAAAGUCACAGGGACUGUAUUAUUUAAACGUGGCACCUGAGCUGUUUGGAAUCUGUUUAGAAAGCUUUUUAUUUUAGGAGAAUAUCAAAGAUCAUAUGGAUGCUACAGUAAGAGAAGUGAUGGAGAUUGUGGGGAGCAUAAAAAUCUCAGGAGGACAAGAUGCAUUCUGCUCGUGAAAUAUAUAUUGUUCAUGUCUGUCCGGUCAAGGGUUAUCACGUUAAACUGUUUGUUAACAGUAUUGCUGUUUCUAUUAAUGUGACUAUGAUGUUGACAGAAAACCAGGCGCUCAGUAAUAGAAAGGGUAAAAAAACAUGGUUUUCAUGUGUGAAUAAUUUUGUUUUGAAUGUUCCCAUAUUUUUCGACCAUGGUGUGUUUACAGCCUUUAUAGAUGAGCUUCAGUACAUGUACACCUACUUGCGACCUGUUAUACUACAUAAACACAUUGGUCUAAGUAUACAUCUCAUAGUAUGUUGAAUACCCAUGUUCUUAAGUUGAAAUACAGUUAACUAUUAAAAAGUCUGUUUUGGCGA